ACGACCACCGUGUCCUCCCCCCUCUACUCUUAAUAUCACUCUUCACACUGCUCAGCAGCUUGAUAGGACGCACAAGAUGUCCUAUCGCAUUGAGCCGAAGUACUACGAGUUUUACCGGUCUGCUUCGAUCGGCCGCGCUCUGAUGGACUCGCUGGACGAGCUCAUACAAGAUGGACUAAUCACUCCUCAGCUGGCGUUCAAGGUACUCAUGCAGUUCGAUCGUGCGACGACCGAGACGUUGAACAGGCACGUCAAGUUCAAGACCUCUCUCAAGGGUCACCUGAGCACCUACCGUUUGUGCGACGACGUGUGGACGUUCUUUGUCAAGAACCCGAGCUUCAAGAUCGAGGGCGGCGAGCUUGUUACCGCAGACAAGGUCAAGAUUAUCGCUGUCAAGUCAGAACAGGCAACAGCGGCUGAGGCGAAGACAAAGCCGAACCAGGGAUAGUGGACGGAGAUGUAUGCGCCCGAAACGAGACUCGUCUCUUUAUGCAUGCAUGCAUCUCCUCUGUACACAUCGAUAUGCUCGAUAUGGAUGUCACUGCUCAUUUGUUCUGCUCUGCUUUUCCUUCCCGGCGAUUGCCUCUUUACCGACGUAGUUCCCAGAGACCAACAUCAUAUACGCACACACAACUGAUAUAGAUGCUAUCAGCCUGUACUAUUAGUAGCCGGUAUGCAUAUGUAUACUAAUUCCAUUCAC